AACCCGGAUGGAUGACUUCACCGUUCUGCCUGGGUUUCCUUUAUGAUCCCGGGAUCUCCCACUUCCCUCACCAGACAUCAGCCAGCAACACAGGCGAACACAACUCUCUCUCUCUCUCUCUCUCCUUCACGCACACACACAGUCUCUCAUUGCAGCUGCAAACACAUCCAGAGACCACAGAGAGACCACAACAAAACCCGGACCUCAGACACUGGCCCCUGGAUCCACUUUGAGUUACACUCAGAAAAAAAAAGGAUCCCAAAGCAGGAGGAACAGCUGCAGCGUGCACAAAAACAAACAAAGGAUCUACGGCUGUAUUGAACAUAUAGCCACUGAGGAAGACUUUUCUACACUUUUAAAAAAAGAUCUACGCUGGUGAUCAUCCUCUGUCGUGCCACAAUGUCCGAGGUGCUGCCAUACAACGAGGGGAAAAUGAGCGGCUACGGGGCGGACAGCGAGGUCAGUCAGAUGUCCUUUAGCUGCGGACUACAGGACACAAGCGCCUUUUUCGCCGCGUCGCAGGCGAAAAGACCCCCAAAGCUGGGACAGAUCGGCAGAGCCAAGCGAGUGGUCAUCGAGGACGACCGAAUAGACGAGGUCCUCAAGGGGAUGACAGACAAGUCUUCACCUGGCGUGUAAAAACGUGAACGAUGCCUUGCAGACUUUUUUAAUUUUGAUCACCCGAUUUGAAGCACUUGUCGGCUGUGCAUGUUCGAGGAUUGCAGGAGAAAAACGACGGCACGAAGCAAGGAUGGGAUGACAGAGGAGAAGGGGGAGAGAAAGGCAAAAAAAAAGAGGAGGAAGGGGGAAAAUGGAAAAGGCUAAAAGGAAGAGAAAUAAGGAAGAAAGAGAUGAAGAAAGAGAGGAAAGAGAGAGAGAGAUAGACUCUGGAAAAGACCAAGAUUUAUCAUGGGAUUUGCUGGCAAUUUCUCACAACGAAUCCCGAUUUUAACUACUGCUGCGCAGCAAGAUGUUGAGAUGGCGGACACUGCUCUGUAUCUCAACCUCUGCUGACUUUAAUGAUGGAUGAACUUGUCAUUACUUCACGACCAUCUCUUUUUCCUUUCCAAAAGCGCUGUAAGCAACAAAACACUGCAACUGGAGGCUGAAGCUAAAUCCCAGCCCUAUUUCAAUAAGUUGUACAGUAGGUAGGCUAAGCUCUCAGACACCCCCCCAUCCCCCAAAACACCUCUAUCUUCUUCCUCCCUGCUCUUUCUCGGCUUUGCUUUGUUGAUUCAGUCAGCGACGGUGCAUUCAAGGGAGCUGUCCUUUCAGCACUGGUCCAAUGCAUUCCUGUUGCUGCUAUCGCUUUUUUAAAAACAGACCAACCAAACUCUCGGGUCUACUAAAUAGAGGAGACCCAUUGUAUGUAAAAACAUAUAUCCGAGGAUGGUGCAAUGUUAAAUAUUUUCUGUAGUAGAACCCCAUUUGUUUAUGGCCCUUAAAGAGCAUUAGGCCACAGUUUAAAACUGAACCACAGGCCACAUUCUUCUUCUUCUUCUUCUUCUUCUUCUACUUCUACUUCGUCUUCUUGCAUCACCCAUCAGUGGUUUCAGGGUGCAGGUUGGCACCUUCAUGUAGCUGAUUUCACUCUGGCACAUAUCUUCUUCUUCUUCUUCUUCUUCUUUUCUUUUUUCUUUCCUCUCUUUAUUGUUUUUGCAUUUUCAAAUGCUCAGAUAUCUACAGAGGCCAGCAGAGAUGUGGAGAUUAUAGUAAAUGUUUAAAUUAAUAGUCAUGAAAUUGAUGGGAAAAAAAAGUAUUUGGUUAUUUUAAUUGAGCAAUUAUAUGUGUUUAGUCUUCUAUUAAAAAAAAAUAAAAUCUUUAAGUCUUUUUUUCUCCAUCUAUUUGCAUGAACUUUCACUCCGGUGCCAACACAGGUGCCACUACUCUUACCCUGGCACGCUUCUUUUUAACAAAAGUCAUAUUUGUAUUUUUAUAUCUAAAUAUUUGUUAUUUAAAUGAUAUGCUAGUCUAUCGUCUUACAGUUCAUCAACAAAAAUAUUUCUACUUCAGAGAGGAUAUACAGAAUGAGACUAGGCUUCAUUCAGUCGAGGCGAAUCUAAGAUUUUUGGUGGAUUGGUCUUGUUCUAUAUCACAGAUCAGACGUUUUUUAAAGACUAACUGAAUGUGUCUGGGGUUUUUGCACACAUCAAUGUUAAACUAUUAUUAAGAAAUCGUAUACUGUGACUUGAGCUUCGUUGAUGAAUUUGUUAGAAAAUGGCAGUUUUAGAGUAUAUUGCACUGUUUACGAGUAUCCUCAAAUAACACGUUGUUAUUUGACCGAUUUUGGACAUUACAGUUUUUGUUUUUUAAUUUUGUUUAUUUUGUACCAUUAUUUUAAAGAAACUGGAUAUGGUUUGUUGUGCAUGAAACCUUAAUAUUUUCAAUAAUGAAACAUCGUUUUAUGAAGCAAAAAAGCAACAAAAAUGUCAUGACAUUCUAAGAAUGAGUCAUUGUAUAUUAUGAUGCCAUUUUCACUGUAUUUGGUGAAUUAAUAAAUGGUGAAAGAAAAUGUUAA